AUGAUUAUUAUUAUACGUCCUAUUUUUUAUAUAUUUAGACUUUCUUUAUAUUUUUACACACUUUUUAUUAUAUUUUAGUAUUUAAUAUAUAUUAAAAUUAAUUUUACAUUUUAAAGCUAUAUUAUUAUUAUUAUUAUUUAAAUAAUACCAUGUUUAUAUUUAUUUUUUAAUACUCUCUAUAAAAAUUUAUUCAAUUAUUAUUUUAUUUUAUUUUUGUUACCUUUUAAUUAAAUAAAGUAUAUAUUUUUUAUAUAUAAUAUUAAAUUUAGAUUCAUUUUUUACACACUAUAUAUUUUUAUUUAUUAAUAUUUGUUAUUUCAAUAAUUAUAAAUUAUUUACAGCCUUUUUUUUAAUUAUUUUUAUUAAAAUAUCUAUUUUAUAAAAAUACUAACUAUAAUAGAUUUAUUAAAUUUUAUUUUCAUUAUUUAUUUACACACUUUUUUUUCAUUAAUAUUAUAUUUU